AUGGCCAAUCUUCCUCCAGCUCCAGCCGUGGGUGACGAAGCAGCGGGCACCUAUUGCAAGUUGCCGCCUGAGCUGGAGGCCAAGAAGUGCUUUUGGAACCCAAGAACGGCGGACAACUCGUGCUUUGCCUGGUGCGUGAGAGCAGCUCUCCUUGGGGUGGAGAAGCUGGAGCGUGACAAACGCAAGAACUUGACGAGGCUCACCGACCCCAUGCUGUUUGCGGAGGGCUAUAGUCCGGUUCGCGGGAGGCGGAAGGUCAAGCCUGAGCUCGUGCCUUGCAACUUUGGCUUCGACUUCAGCGUCUUACCACCUCCAAGUAAGGGCGUGGGCUGGCAGGACAUUGAAAACUUUGAGUUGGCCAACAACCAUCGUCUCCGCAUCUUUGUGUGGGAGUGGAGGAAGGUGGAGUGGGGCGGACGGACCUUCUUUGAGAGGCAGCUGAUCAGAGAGCCAGUUCACCGCGAUUGGCCAGCUGAGCGCGAGAUCCAGCUGCUGAGGCACCAGGGACAUUAUGUCCUGAUAUGGAACUUCCAGGCCUUCAUGAGCAGCCGAGGAGCCCAUCUAGAUGGGUCGCGGCGUGCUUCUCAUGCAUCCCUGCACACAUGCCAUCGGUGCCGUGCCAACUUUUCGACGAAGCAGAACCUGGAGACGCAUCAGCAAGAACCCUGCAGCUUCGACCCCUCGAAGCGCGAGCCGGUGAUCAGGAUGCCGAAGACAGAUGAGGUUUCGGUGCGCUACCAGGCGAGUUCGACUGCGGAGUGCGCUCCCCUUGUCAUGUACAUGGACCUCGAGGUUGCAUCCGAGCCCGCGCCCACAGAGCAGCUGGCCAAGCACACUCACUGUGUGCAGGCAAACGUCCUCUCUGGUGCGUACCUGGCUGUUGGGCGAAAUGGUUACAGACCUGAGCAAAGAGUCUUCCUUACCACCCGUGAAGUUGGCGAGCACCGCUUUGCAGCAACAGAACGCUUGCUGAUGGGACUACGUCGCGAGGGAGAGCGCUACCUGCUCUGGAAGAGGUGUACCAACGUGCCGGCCAAGUUGAGCGAGGAGGAGCAGCAGAGUUUUGACGAGGCUACCCACUGCGCGAGGUGCAAGAAGAAGUUCGCGGAGGAUCACCCCUCCAGGAUGAAGGUGUGCCACCAUCAGCAUGGGACGGGACGCUUCAUCGAGCCUCUGUGCAAAAGCUGCAAUUCUAGGAUCGUACAGCCCAAGACCGUGCCCGUGCUCCUGCACAACGGGGGCAACUAUGACUUUCGGUUUCUCUUGAGCUCCAUUGCUUGGUUGCGGCGCCGGUCUCAGGGCUCCUUGCCUUCAACCGCGGCGGAUGGAGGGGAUGACGAGCUGUACCAGGUCGAAGAUCAAGAUGAUACCGAGGAGGAGGAUGAAGACCAGCUUCCCCGCUCAGAUGUGGAGGACGCUAUGGCUAGCAAGCCCUGGCACAAGCUGAGGUUUUCCGUGCUCUUCAAGUCCGGGGAGAAGAUCCUCUCUUUUCGCUUGGGGUGCCUCUGCUUCACGGACUCGAUGAACUUCUACAAGGCGAGCCUGGCUUCGCUCAUGGAUGACCUACAGAAGACUUUGCCGAAUUUUUUUCAGCACAUGGCCCAGCUGCAUCCCGAGCUCCAGCCGAAAGAAGGCCUCUGCCCUGAGACCCCGGACACUGCUGAGGCUCUUCGUGUGCUUCACCCUGAGCAGCCUGCUGUCUCUGUUAACGCCUCCGCCUUGCCCCUUGCCCAGGAGGUGUCGCCCGAUGAGGUUGCCAAAGCCCUGCGCGCGUUCCCUGUUGACACGGCUCCUGGGCCUUCUGGACUGCGAAUCCAGCACCUUCGUGAGGCCCGUCAGCCGGGGGAGACGUUGGCUCUUGUGCAACUGGCUGCGGUCGUCAACCUGCUUGCGCGUGGUCUGGCUCAUCCCUCGGCCGCCCCUGUCCUCGCUGGCGCCUCUCUUGUCGCCGUGCCCAAGCCUAAAGGGG